CUUAGGUUUGCAGGUGUGCUGGGUGCAGGAGCUCAUUUGCACGCUGGCUUGGGAGGGAACUACACUCUCACAUAUACGCACAAACUCCAAGUGGGCAUCCUUGGGAAGCCACUGAGGAACCCAGUCACGUAGGGGGACAGAACACACACAACCGGCAAGAUGUGUGACAUGGGGGGUUUGGAUAACCUGGUGGCCAACACGGCCUACCUGAAAGCCCAAGGAGGGGAUGACAAGGAGAUGAAAAAGCGUCGCCGCAGCUUGUCCCUGCCCAAGCCGGAGCAGUGUACUGCCCUCAGAGAGGCCAUCGAGAAGGACUUUACAUCUCUGUGUGAAAGGCAGCCUAUAGGGAAAAGACUUUUCCGUGACUUUCUGUCUAGUACCCCCGAGUUCCAGCUUGCUGCAGAGUUUCUGGAUGAGUUGUAUGACUGGGACCUUGCUGAAGGUGCAACGAAAGAGAAGUCUCGCCAACAAAUUAUGACUAAGUACUGCAAGCCUGACUCCAAAUCCUUCCUGGCCUUUCUUACCGGGGAACCUCUGGAAAAAUGCAAGUCUGUUACAGAUGCCAACUUUGAAGAGGUGAUGAAAACCAAGGUCCAGGAUGGCGUAAGAGAAUUUCUAAAAGGCAAGCCUUUUACAGAUUACCAGACCAGCCCAUUCUUUGACAAAUUCCUUCAAUGGAAGGAAUAUGAAAAGCAGCCCAUCAGUGAAAAAUACUUCUAUGAAUUCAGGACUCUGGGAAAAGGGGGCUUUGGAGAGGUAUGUGCUGUUCAGGUCAAAAACACUGGCCAGAUGUACGCCUGCAAGAAGUUGUGUAAAAAGCGUCUGAAAAAGAAGGGUGGUGAAAAAAUGGCCCUACUGGAGAAGCAGAUCUUGGAGAAGGUCAACAGCCUGUUUCUGGUUAACUUGGCCUAUGCAUAUGACUCCAAGACUCACCUUUGCCUUGUCAUGACCCUGAUGAAUGGAGGAGACCUCAAGUACCACAUUUACAACAUAGGCUAUGACGGCAAGGGUGUGGACAAGGGCAUAGAGAUGAAGCGCAUCGUUCACUACACCGCGCAGAUCACCACCGGCAUCCUGCACCUCCACGCCAUGGAUAUUAUAUACCGUGACAUGAAGCCUGAAAAUGUUCUGCUGGAUAGUCAAGGCCAGUGUCGACUUUCAGAUUUGGGUCUGGCUAUAGAGAUCACUCCGGGAAAAACUGUCACACAGAUGGCUGGUACAGGAGCCUACAUGGCCCCUGAGAUCCUGAGCAAAACACCGUAUCGGACAUCGGUGGACUGGUGGGCCCUGGGCUGCAGUAUCUAUGAGAUGGUGGCGGGCUACACGCCUUUUAAAGGCCCCGAGAGCAAAAAGGAGAAGGUGGAGAAGGAGGAGGUGCAACGGCGCAUUCUCAACGAGGAGCCAAAGUGGGAGCACAAGUGCUUCGAUGCUCCCACCAAGGACAUCAUCCAGCAGUUCCUCAAAAAGAAAAUAGACGAGCGUCUGGGCAUGAGGAACAACAUGGAGGAUCCGAGGAAGCACGAGUGGUUUAAGUCGAUCAACUUUCCGCGCCUGGAGGCAGGCCUCGUGGACCCUCCCUGGGUCCCCAAACCCAACGUGGUCUACGCCAAAGACACUGGUGACAUCGCAGAGUUCUCUGAGAUCAAGGGCAUUGAGUUUGACGCCAAGGAUGAUAAAUUCUUCAAAGAGUUCAGCACGGGUGCAGUGCCCAUUCCCUGGCAGCAGGAGAUGAUUGACACUGGACUGUACGACGAGCUCAGUGAUCCCAACCGGAAAGAGGGCGGAGGAGGUUUUGACGACGACAAGAAGUCCGGCACGUGUGCGCUCCUCUGAGCAGGCCCAUGUUAGGGUGCUAACACCUAUUAAUGCUCAACAAUUUGCUUUCUCGAGCACAAUAGGAUCGGUUUAAACAGUGGACCGUGAGAGGUGAGGACAGGCAUGUUUGCUUUGAAAGAGGUACCAUCUCUCAUGGUUUAGAGGUGGGUUGCUCCAGAGGCAGAGUGCAGUAAAGCAUGGACAAUGAUGUGAUGAUUUAUUUUACGCAUCGCCUCCUGUCCACAGCUUCUUUUAAAGACAAUCAUAUUUAACUGUGUAGGCUUGCAACCACAUUGAUCAAGAAUGACUGCUAGAUGUAAGUUUUUUUUUGAAAUCCACAAAAGUGUUGGAGGAUCGCACUGUGUGCCGGAAUCACUGUACAUCUUUGAAAUAAUAGCAGGAAAAUUGAAAUGGUGUUUGCAAGGCGUGGCAAGUGUUAUUACAUGUACAACUGUUGAUAAACAGUAGGAAUAGGAUUUAAAAAUACAGUCCUGCUGGAUUGUGGAAUAUCGAAUCACUUCCGUGGUGUUUUUUUUUAUUACAUUAUAAGGCCGGGCUGUUUCUACAAUGCGUUCUUUUCACCGCGUUCUAUAGAGAAAUUUGUGGCAUUUCUUCUGCUGUUACAAUCUUAGACCAUGUAGUCACAGCAAAUCACAGCAUUUACAUCUGCCUGGCAUCCUAGUUUUAUAUAAACUAUAAAACUCAAUUGUAUGUGUUGUACAUAAAUAUUUACGUAAGUAUCUAUGCACUAAAAAAGAAACGUUUGUAAAUCAAGUUUAGAAUGAUUUUAGUAAAUAGUACCAAUGCCCUCCCCACCACCACCCCCUGAGCCCCCCCCUGUUUUUUUUUUUUCAUUCCUAGCCUUCAUUGUCAUUGUACAAGAGCACAAUGAAAAUCAAUGCACUCCCUGUAGCUCAUGAAACACACAAUCUUUUUUAUUCAUUGAUUUUGGUGCUGAGAGGUCCGACCUAGAGGCGAGUGGAGAAUUAUGCCCUGGGAUGCUGGGGGAGAGAAGAGUGCACAAAUAGCAGCUCUUUGCUGCGUAUGAUGGAGGAUAAUUUAGAGGAGUUGGGCAAUAAAUUCCUGUACCAGGAAUUCCCUGUCCAUGGCUCUGAAGCUCUGUGAUCAUUCGGGCCUAUUUUGUUGGUCUAUUGAGUGUAAAAAAAAACAAAAAACAUCAAACUAGCCACAUACUGGUAAAGAUUGUGCAUUGUAUGUUGAGCUGAGUCUAGAGACUUGGAUUAGUUCAGUUCUUGUUUGUGGUCUCAGGGUCUUUAUUUGUUGUAAGUGAGCAGAUCUUGGGCAGAGUUGAGUUUUUACCAAUGAUGUGAGUAUAAUACAAUUGUGUAAUCACGUUCCUGUAAAUAUGAGUGAAAGAAACGGUAGAAAUGCCCAGUGUAAAUCUGAAAAAUCCUUUGCUCUUGAAUGAAUUUGAGGAAAUUAAAUAUGUCUUUUGAAAUCUG